ACUACGUACCUUACUGAUAGGCUUCGGCUAACGGUCUUUCUCGAUUCUACCGCCGCAGCUAUCUUUUGAUUCCGUGCAUACAAACGAAUCUUCAAUUAAUCCCUGAUCCCCAAUUGAACCUCGAGCAACUGUCAACAUGGUGUUCGCGUGGAAAGCCGCUGGUUUGAGCUACAACCGCUACCUGGCCGUCGCAUCCCGCGUCGUGCGCCGAAGCUUGAAGGAGGAAAAGAGACUACUUGCCGAACGACGAGGAGAUACGGACCUACGAUUUGCUAAGUGGGAGAACGGCAAGAUGGGUGAGCUGAGACCCUUAGCUGAAGCCAACGCCGCCGCCGCUGCUUCAUCCGCUUCCAGUGGUUCGUCAUAAACUACGAAACUACGAAACUACGAAAUAUACGAAUCCUUGAUGAGAGUAAAACUUGCGAGGAUGGUUAGGACCUAUAAGAGACAGAUGCGCAUACGCAUGCGGAUAGACAAGAACAACGGUAGCAAAACACCAUUAUGCCGACCGCCUCGUGUAUAGCUGUAUAAAAUAAAACAGUUUCAUCCUAAAAAUGAGUCCCUUGGAUUUACCUACAAUAGACAGUAAAUUCGUGCGUAUAUGUCGUAUAUGUCGUAUAUGUCAAGGUCAAUUCAUGUUAUUAAGCUACAUUCGAAUUCGGGUAACUAGGCUACUUAAGUAAAGUACAUGUAUGCAAUGCAC